GGCGCAUUCUGAGCUGCGCGCGCACGCGGGGACGCUCCGCCACCCCGCAGGUCGCUCAAAGUUUGGAGAGGCACUUUCGAAGUUCGUCUGCGGAAGGAAAGGAGUUAUUACUAAUGCGAUAAAAAUCAUGUCGGGACGGGAUCCCCAGCAGUCUCCGGGGUAACGGGACUCCGGCUCAGGCAUCCAGUGUGUUAACCUACUGGUCUGGAUGGCGUAAAUCAAACGGCGGAAGAAUCGGCAGUCGUCUACUUUCGACUGUUUAAUAUAAUAAGGAAUUCCGGCUAGAUGUCGAAAUUACGCACGGGCAUUAAGUCUGACUUUUUUUUCCUUUUUUUUUUCUCCAUGUUUUUGGGAGCACCUUUCUAUUUCAGAAAUCUCCUCUGCACUCUGCACACAGGAUUUGGGAGAACUGAUUAGAAAAUACACGUGAAUGAAGUGAUACGUCUGCUGGCGGUGUCGAUCCAUAUUAAACCGAACACCGCCGCCGUCCGGCGCAGGAACAACCCGCGACGUCACGCGGUUUGGAGAGGGCGUCGGUGUCCGUGCGCCUGCACCGGGCUCAUAUAUAGACGCUGUGGCAUGAUGACCGGGAGUGAGUGGUGAGUUUGAGAUCCGACUUGCAGUUGCGCAUGUGGACUUGUCUGGAGGGACUGGAAGAGACAACGACGAGGAGCGACGCAGCUGGGCUCCGUUCCUUCUUUCUGAUGUAGGCUUUUUUUUUUUUUUUUUUUUUUUUUAAAUGAGAGCCUUUGUGUUGAGGCUGAUGAGCUCAGGAGGAUUUGUGAAGGGAUCAUUAACAGGUUACGCAGAAGAAAUGUCCACAACUGCAAGUCCAACCAUUCCCUCCUCACAGAUGACAUCGGAUCAACUCACAGUGGUCGCUGCAUCCUUUUCUUCUCUGGUGUUCUUUGUGGUUAUUGUGGUGCUGCUGUCCGUUAUUUACCGCAAGGAUCCACAGUGCUGCAAACUCCGCUCCUAUCAGCGGCCACAUGCAGAUAUGGGUGCUCCUCCUCAGUACUACAGCAGCAGACAGACACUGGUGGGAUCUCCUUGUCUAGAGCAGACACAGUUCAUGGAUGACAUCGACACUCAGCAGGCGGGUCAGCUGUUCUUCGUCGGCCUGCCCUCCAGCUACAGCCUGCCAUCACUGGAGGCCCCCCUGCCAAGGCUCCCCUCCUACGAGAGCGUCCGAAAAAAGGACCGCCAGAGGCAGAUCCACAUGAUGAUCGCAGACCGCUUUGGCCUCAAUGGACCCGUUGUGACGGAGCCGCCUCCAACAUAUGAAGAGAGUAUCCGCCAGUCUAUGGAGCCGUACAACAUCCUCUCCUCUGGUGUGGACAUCUCACCUCCUCAGAGUAUCUACACCAACACAGAGCUUGACGUUCAGACUGACACACCUCAUCCAGUCAACUCGGACGCUCACACCACGGCUCUUACUGUGUGAUCCCGAUCAAGUUCUUGAGCUGCUCGAUGGAUGUGAAAUUAACUUGGUAGCUUUUCAUGCAGAUGAAUUCCAAGGCCAUGAACACGGAUAAUGACUGAAUCCUUCGCACAUCCACACGCGCUGAUUCAGAUAUACCUCAAGACUGAGGAAGCAACCAAAGAGGAGCUUCACCGCCUUCAGGAAUUGACACACAGGGGCUGGCACAUAUGAAUGUUAAAAAACUCAGAGUUGUAACACUGGAUGUUAACAUUUCUUGAGGUGGCUGGUACAUCUUGAUGAGGAGAAAGAAAGGAUUUGUGGACUAUUGGACUGAAAUAUAUACCAAAAAGGGCACCACUGGGUACUUUUCUGAUCAUCCUCUGUUGGUGAACAUUUGUUUUUGCUGUUUGCUCUCCUCUUUUUUUCCGCCGUCCCUCAGCCGCGGACCUCAUUGUCUGCUUCGUAAGGUUAUCAGAGACCUGUUUGAUGACUUGCUGUAACGCAUGGCUUUGAACCCCGCUGAGGCUGUGCCGUACUCCUCCAGCAUGUGGUUCAACCUGUGAGGGGGAGAAGUAUAAAGGUGCUAAUGAGAGUGCCUUUCAUAAAGUUAUAAUAAGAUUACUUAUAUAACAGUUUCAUGAAAAUGUUUUAUUUUGCCUCAGUUUUAUUCUUUGUUUUUACCCAACCAGAUGGGACGGAUUUCUCACUUUCUUAUUUAGCAUUUUCAUCAUAUAAAAUGUUUAUAUAAUUGUAUGUAUUGUGCCUGUUUUACUCAAGUCAGGACAGAAAAUAGCUUUGUUUGUUCUCCACAAAGUCCUCAGCAGAGAGAAUGUGAAAUGAAAACAUUGGAGAAAUACCAAGUUCCUUGUCGAGACUUGUUAAUUUCUGCAACUUACCAUUUACAACAUGCAAAAUCGUUUGUCCUGCACAUGUAUUUAUUAAAAAUAAAUAGUGAGUCAUUAUUUCUCUGCUAAAACAAAUUUAAAACAAAAAAAUAAAACAUUUUAUUGUUUUUUUUUCAAUGAACUCUUAUUAACAGCUACUGUCUAUUAAUAAGACAGUAGCUGCAGCUGAUUAUGAUGUUUCUUUUACAAACACAUAAAGAUCAGUCAGACAUUUCUCUAGUGAGGCUGACCUUUGACACCUUUGACAUCUGAUUUUUUCCCUUUUCCCCCAGAUCGAUGAUUGUAAGUCGCUUUGGACAAAAAAGCAUCAGGAAAAUGAAUGAAUGCAAAUUAGUGUAAAUGGUCAGUUUAAGACGUGCAGUGAUAUUUCCGUGUAUGUGUGUGUGUGUGUGUGUUUGUGAAAGACAGAAAGUUGCCAUAUAUAUGCCACUAUAUCCUACACACUGACCCUUUAAUUUAAGCUCUUUGGAUGUUUUCGCAGGUCUCCAAUGGUCCUUCUUUUUUAUUACCGCUUAAGAUACAAACAAUAAAAAAAAUAGACUUUACUUAAUAAUAACUUAAAUAAUAUAAAAAUGAUCUCCCUGUGAUAAAAUACAUUGGUGAAAGAUUGGUAAGAUCUGUUGUUUUUUCCUUGUGAUUCACAACCCAUUUUUCCAGAUAUGUACCAAUUAUCUUAUUAGCCCCAGUCACAAAUAGUUUGUUGUUAGAAGAAUGUCUGUUAUUUACUGACAUUCAUUUGUCAGGGAGCAAGUUUUCUACUGAACAAAAAAUAUCAGUUAAACACUUGAAACUAUACUGAAGUAUUUAAUAUAAUCAUUCACUGUCACAGUUAAUGUUCCUCUACUUGAAUUUGAUCAAAAACGAAAUCAGGAACGUGGUCCGGUCCAGAGAAUAAUGUGCCAUUUGUUGCUCACUUCUCCUUAAAGGGAAUGUGUUGAAAACAGGCCAGAACAUUAAACAUGAUUAAAAUUAAGAAUUUGUAUUUAUCCUAAUUUGUUCUGGGUUUUUUCCCCUUCGGCAGACAUUUUGGAAAGUUCAGUCGAGGUUCAGAGUCUGGUUUAAGAGCCUGCAGACAGUAAACUGUUAUAUUGGUCUCUUGUGACUGAAAUAGACCAAAAUAUGGCUGUUUGGAAACCACAGUGUCAAGUGUUCCUAAUAAAACAAGAGUCCCUAAGAUGAUUAGGCCGCGAACCGUGAAGGGAGGCUAUUUAAUCUAAUUUAAGUUUGUCGUAUAUUAAACACAGGCUUUUAUGUCUGCCUGAUUGUCUGAAACAUGCCAGAUUACACAUAUUUGAAAGAGUCA